AAUGCCCCCCUCCAUGAAUCUGCAGUGGGUCAGUCCUCUCCUUUAGCGCCAUGCAAUUCAUCCCCAGCCGAGUAAUCCCUCCCCUGCCCCGACCUAUGUACCACGCAAGCAACUCUUCUCCUUUAGACUCCUGCAAUUCAUUCCCACCCCGCAGAAGUUGCCAUCUCUAAUCCACCCCCACGCAUCAUACCGUGGGUCAUUCCCUUCCUCGAGCAUCAUACGGUUCAUUUAACCUGGGGCAGCGGUGGUGGAGGGGUAGAUUGUGUCGACUGGACUGGACUGGACUGGACUGGACCAUCCUCCCCUCCCGAGACGGGGAGAAAAUGUUUUUUGGGAGCAGCCCCAUGCAGGCGAGGUAGAGAGAUCAGCAGGAAGGCUGGGCUUUCUGGUACAGUGAGUAGGGUGAAAGGGAUCCAGCAGCACUUGUGUAACGGCCCCUUCUCCAGUCCCCCAGCAGCAGUUCCCAGCAGGAUUUGAAUCCUGGCCCUUCAGCUCUGCAGCAUAAAGCACCCCUUAGAGCUGAAGAGGUAGCUGUAUUAGUUGGCAGCUAUAGUAGGCUGUUAUCCUAUAUGUUGAUUAGCUUCUGUGGGCGGGACAUGACACACGCUGCCAGUAGGAUACACUCUCACUUCCUCAGCACUAGACAGGGCUCACCUAACAAUCCAGCUAACCCCAAAGCAGGCCCGGGUAUUGCAGGGGAGGAGGCUGCCUCAGUGGAGAAUGGGACAGGGAGCCUUUCGGUGCCGCCCCUCUGGGUAAAAGAGGGCCUGAGGGCAGGGCCUGCACUCAGCUAUCUGCUCUCUCUGUUCCACAGCUGCCCUGUGCCCCUGGAGAAGCUCCGCUUGGCUCAGCGCCUCAGGCUGGUUGACAGGAGGCUACAGGACGUGGCCAGACACCUGGAGGAAGUUCUGAUGCCGCCGAGUGUGUCGACAUCUGCCACGAGCCAGUUCUCCUACUCCUCCAGGGAAUCCACCACCUCUGCCCUCCGGAGUCCCAGCUCCUUUUCCCUGAGAGAAGCCUCCGUGACUUGGUCAGAGCCCCUCUGCCACACAAGGGAUAUCAUGCCUGUCGCAAGCUGGGAAGGAUCCACUCAUCCCAUCCAAGCCCAGCCUCUCCCCAGGCCUCCUGCCCACAGCAGACGAGACCGGCGAGAGCAGAACAUAGGUCUGGACCCGAUGUCAGCCCAUGGCUCAGACUUCAACAUCCGACAGAAGCAUCUGCAGAGCCAGCUGGGGCUCCACAAACCCCAUCCGGGAGAGCCAUUGCUGGGUGAGCAGGACACCAAGCAGCAAUGGGAAUUCAACACAGAUCGCCCAAAUGUGGAUUUCCAGCAAAGGUCCCAAAGCCCCUGA